AUGAGAUCUUCGAGAAGCGCUGACUGGAGUGCGCUUCUAACGUUGCUAUUGAGUGGCAUUCAGUUUUUCGUUGUGACUGGAGUACGCCCGAAAAACAAACCUGGUUAUCGAGAGGAGCUAAUAGUGCGCCAACAAAUGUCCUCGGAUAUGCAAAAAUACAUGAACCUGAGCGCAGAUCCCUGCACGGAUUUCUUCGAGUUUGCCUGCGGCAAUUGGGGUGCCUAUCACAGCUUAUACUCCGCCCAGGAACUGAUGGAGAACCGAAUCUUGGAGCAGUUGCAACAGCUUCUUACGGAACCGCUACCACCGCAGCAUCAUCCAAACGGCUACAGUGGGCAAAGUUUGUCGAAUGUGAGGAAAGUUCGAGCCUUCUACGAAUCCUGUGUGGCUGUGGAGGGGAAUGCAUCCGAACGGCGACGCUUUCUAAUGAAGAUUCUCCAGGAUAAUGGAGGAUUGCGAAAUGUUGAGAACUCCAAUUGGCAACAUAACCGUCAGUGGCUACAAACUCUGGCCGAAUUGAGGAGAAAAUACGGAUUGGACAUUCUUCUAGGACUGGAAAUCGAUCAGAGCCAGCAGGGAAACAGCAUAAGCUUUGGGGAGCCCAAGCUCACCAUUAUUCCGGUGGAGCAUUGUAAUGCUUUUGUCACUCACGGAGAUCGGGUGAAGGAAGAGAUCUAUGAGCAGGUGCAAGAACAGGUGGCGGAAAACAUGCAGAAUUGGUUUGCCAUGGACGCUGGGGAAGCGUUCCGUUUUGGGGGAGAUAUUGUACGAUUUGAAUUUGAACUCUGCAAGGGAAUGCGAGUGGAAGAUAUUCAAGAGCCCAUGGAUGAAUCACCAAGAGCACUUCCUCUUUAUGGGUCUCGGUCUCGAACUGCUCAGAUACAAUUAAAUCGCCGGAAAAAUGGAAUGACUCUCGCUGAACUCACCAAUGAAAUGGGUAAUCUAUUGGACUUUAAAUUAUUUGUGGAGAUUAUCUUAGAGAACCAAUACCUUGGCGCAGUAUACCUGAGAUCAUCAGAGUAUAUAAAACACCUUAUAAGAACUGUAAAGUCCAACAACCACAUAACUCUUAGUUGGUACAUAAUCUACGUUGCACUCAAUGAGCUCAAUCAGCCUCCGGAAGAACCUCCUUUACAUCGCCCUCGCCAGUGCGUUCAGGUGAUCGAGCAACUCUUUCCCCAUGUUCUGGGUGAGAUGUUCCAGCGCCAUGUGCAACGAGACAAUGCCAAACACGACUUAGAUGCAAUUUUUAGUGAUAUAAUCAAAGCCUUUGAGCAGCAAAUGCAUGCAGAGUGGCUGGAUGAGAGGGAUCGAAGGGCGGCCAGGACCAGACUCUCUCAGUAUCGAUUCCUACUUCCGGAUUACAAGAAUUUAGAUCUCUCCGACUUGCAGUUCUACAAACGACAGGACUAUUGGAGCCGCUUAGAGACUGUUCUUAAAUAUCGUUCUGACCAGCAGUUUGAAAAAUUAAGGGAAAGUGAUAAUGACCAGGAUUUGAAUGAUCUUCUGGACGCCUUUGAAGUACGUACUUCAUUGGCAUCCCACAAGCAGGCAGUUCUAGUUGGUUGGGGCUUGCUUCAGUCCCCUUACUACCACUACCACUAUCCCAAGGCACUCAAAUACGCCUUGUUGGGUCAGAGAUUGGCCAGUUCCUUGGUCCAGGCUUUCGUCGACAACGGAUGGAACCAGUGGAAUGAGCUAACCAUGGAUGGAUAUCGAAAUGUAAGCGAGUGCCAUCGAGCUCAGUAUAGUAACUACCUGUACAAUGAACCAAGAGAGUUCCGAAGCGUCACAAGGCUAAGGGAGAUUAUAGCCGAGAGUAGUGGUCUCAACAUUGCUUUCAAAGCCUAUUUGGAGUGGCUGGAGCAGCAAGACUACAGCCUGGGUCCACUCUUAGAAAAGGAAACUCUUCCACAGCUGAAUUUCAGCAACACCCAGCUCUUCUUCAUCUACUUUGCUCAGUCCCAGUGCUGGGCGAAGGACAACCAGGAAGCCAUACUGGACUCGAUGCCUCUGAUGCAGCACACUCCAGAGAGAUGGAACGUGAAUGGACCACUGAGCAACUCCGUGGAGUUUGGGCGGGAAUUUGGCUGUGCUCUGGGCACACCGAUGAACAAUGGGGAUAAGUGUUUGGUUUACUGA